CGAUCAGGGUAGGACACACACAAGAUCAACUUUCACAGCGGAGAGCUGUGUCUGGAAUAAGCACAGAACAUCUUGGAGAUCUGGAUAAUUCAAAGGACCGGUUUCUGCUACGUUUUUUCUUAUGAUUUUGUCUUCUUUCUCUCUUUCUCUAUUUUUUUUUUUAAUUUCUCAAAUAAGAGAGAAAAGAGAACUGACUCAGUGAUAGUAAAACUUUCUGAUAUGGCUUCUAACCGGAUAUUGGUUAAAGGUGGGAAAGUAGUUAACGAUGAUUUCUCCCAGGUUGCUGAUGUGUACAUUGAAGAUGGUUUGAUUAAAGAAAUUGGACCGAAUCUGCAGUUGGAUAAAUUGACUAACCUAAGGAUUAUACAUGCUGCAGGAAAGCUAGUGAUUCCUGGCGGGAUUGAUACUCACACUCACAUGCAAUUACCGUUUAUGGGCACUCAUGCCGUCGAUGAUUUCUACUCGGGGACCAAGGCAGCUGUGGCUGGUGGCACAACAAUGAUCAUUGAUUUUGCAAUUCCAAGGAAGGGGUCCUCUCUAAUCGAAGCCUAUAACACCUGGAGAGGCUGGGCUGAUCCUAAAGUUUGUUGUGAUUACAGUCUUCAUGUUGCCGUUACCUGGUGGAGUGAUAAGGUCAAAGAAGAAAUGGGAAUUCUCGCAAGAGACAAAGGAGUUAAUUCCUUUAAGAUGUUUAUGGCCUACAAAGAUUUGUAUAUGGUUCACGAUAUUGAACUCUAUCAAGCAUUUACUUGCUGUAAAGAUAUUGGGGCUAUUGCACAAGUGCACGCAGAAAAUGGAGAUUUAAUUGCAGAGGGUGCAAAAAAAAUGCUGUCCCUGGGAAUCACUGGCCCCGAAGGCCAUGAACUGUGUCGCCCAGAAGAGGUAGAGGCUGAAGCCACGCAAAGAGCUAUCACUAUCGCUAACUCUGUGAACUGCCCUCUCUUUGUGGUCCAUGUGAUGAGUAAAUCAGCAGCAAAGGUCAUUGCUAACGCACGCAGAGAAGGGAAGGUUGUGUUUGGAGAGCCCAUUGCUGCCGGUCUUGGCACAGAUGGAACUAAUUAUUGGCACAAGGAAUGGAGUCACGCAGCUGCGCAUGUCAUGGGCCCCCCGCUUCGCCCCGAUCCAUCCACUCCAAAGUAUCUGAUGAACCUACUUGCUAAUGAUGAUCUCAGUGUCACAGGAACAGAUAACUGCACUUUUAACACCUGUCAGAAAGCCCUUGGGAAGGAUGAUUUUACAAAGAUCCCAAAUGGAGUGAAUGGCGUUGAGGAUCGUAUGUCUGUUGUUUGGGAAAAAGGAGUGCACAGCGGGAUUAUGGAUGAGAACAGAUAUGUGGCUGUCACAAGUUCGAUUGCUGCAAGGAUAUUUAACAUGUAUCCACAAAAGGGGAGAAUCGCCAAGGGCUCCGAUGCUGAUAUUGUUAUUUGGGAUCCAGAAGCUACCAGGACUAUUUCUGCCAAGACCCACCAUCAGGCUGUGAACUUCAACAUUUUUGAGGGAAUGGUUUGUCAUGGCGUACCUUUGGUGACCAUAGCUGGAGGAAGAGUUGUGUAUGAAAAUGGGGUCUUGCAUGCUGUGCCAGGACAUGGAAAGUACAUUCCACGGAAACCUUUUUCUGAUUAUGUCUACCGUCGGAUUCUUCAAAGAGAUGAAGUUUGCCAGCCAGUGCCUGUCGAGAGAAAACCAUACACAGGAGAAGUGAUCAAGAUAAAGUAAUGGUAAACCGUUACAGGACAAAAAGUUUUCAUGACGAUGCCUGAAAUUUGAAAAGCAAAGGACAAAAGGUCAUGAUCGAAGACUAUAUAUCUAUGUCUAACAAACAUCUGAUGCAAAACUUUAUUGGUUAACGUAGAUACUAGAGGGUAUUGUUUGCAAGCUUCUAGUGUCUCUUCUUUAGAUGUGACAAAGGGACCAAUUAAGGUGGCCUGAAUUUACUGAUCUGCUCUGAUCAGUAUAUAGCAAUCAUCAAUCAUGGCACAGGUUUUGUUUUUUUAAAAUGUAGAACUUUGUUAAAUUGUGUGUACUCCAUUUGUAAACAAUUAGUUGUGAAGUUUAAAUUUUUUACUCUCUAGUGCAAUAUAACCUGUAAAGUGCUAGUACUGCUUUCAGCCCUAUCUAAUUGAAAUACACAUAUAAAACUAACUGUACAAGCCUGGUAGCAUUUUAUCUGAGCUGCCGGUAUCACUAUCAUUAUCUUGUAUUCUAUCUUCAAAAUAAAGUUGAUAUGUACAUGUAUUCA